UCAGGAGCAGACGACGAAUGUCUCAUUCAGACACUCUGAUCAAUGGACUAGCUUUGUUCACUUUAGGAUAACCUCUCUGUUGCCUUCAAAUCUUCCUACUGUAGUUGUGACUUUUCACUGAGGAUUAUUCUCGUGGAGUCAUUUCGGAUAUAUAUUUGGGAUCAGUAUCCUCUCUUUUAAUCGAACAAAACAAGGAUUUGGCCGUUAUGCAAUCCAGAUUUUUUAUACAUUUGUACAUGUACUUGUGACGGUAGAUAGAGGUCUCGUAUUGUGUCUAUAGGCCUACUUAUGCAUGAUUCCAACUCGCUAACUUUGAAGAGAUGCAUUAAGUCACGUAAUACACUACCCAAGAUAUAAAUAUUCAUCAAGCAUGGUUGGACAUCAGACGAUUAUAGAACUAUAGGCUCCCAUCUUGUUUACAGAGGUCAAGGUCCUUCUGUAAGAGGAUAGACUGAUAGUCAUCGAAAAUUGGGAGGUUCAGAUCUGUUGUCUUAUUCCCACAGUCACCACUGAAUGCAUAUUCUAUAUUUGCCUACGCACUGUCAGUGAUGGAACUGGGCCGGGUGAGAUUAUUCGCGAUGUCCAACAGUGAUAGAACAAGUGACGAAUGGAGAUUUUCAGUGAGUGGCUGACAUUUCUGUGAAAAUAAUGUUAUUGGUCUCUCAGUGUGAUCACCAAUUAGUCAAUAUAUACACACUGAUAACUCUUCUUUCGCCCAUGUAAGACCGGUUCUCAAAUCACGCCAGAUAGUGUGCAAAUGAUCGUUGAGAGAUAUCGAGUUUGCAUUUGUGAGUCAAAUGGAUUUCGUUUGCAAGGAUUAAUUAAAAUGAUAGAUAGUAUUCACACGUCCGGAUGAUCACCAAGUAUGGAUAUUGUGCCAGUACGCGGUCUUUCGUUCCGCGGAGUACCUCCACCGAUGCCAUCAUGGAGCCUCCCGAGAGGGGUAUCUUGAAAAAAGAGAACAGGAAAAGAUGGGAAAAGGGGAAAACGUCCAGUAAAUCAUCCAAGGUAAAAGAUGCCACGGCUCGGUUCACAUUCGGUGGAAGUAAGCCACAGCCAAUGGUUUCCUUUGUCUCCUGGCAAAGGAGCACCACUCCGAAGUCCGAAAGCAGCACGCGCCUUGAUGGGGCUUUUGCUGAUGCGAACUUUCCCAUGGCUGACGGGGUGGACAGUCCCAUGGCGGACCGAAUAUUGGAGGAGUCCGCGAGCGUGUCGAAAUCGUCUUCCUUUAUUAUCAGGGCUUCCACGAGUGCGCCGAAAGAUGAGGAAAACCAAUCACAACAGGAGUACACGAAUCCAGCCUACGAUUCGAAUGCAGCGUACGGAUCGGAGGAUUCGAAAAUCUCGAAUAACUCUAUAGACAGUAUGACCUCCAGUCGGUGGUCUCUCAUACUGAGGCAGGUCAUUGAGCAGGUGGAUGACGAUGACCUUCACCCCUACGGGAGGGGAGGAAUUUAUAAAAACAUCAUAUAUGGACGCAGGGUGAACAAGAGUUAUGAUCCGAGUAAAAUGUUUGCCUGGUUGAUAUUUGUGGGACUUUUAUUGAUGUCAGCGGUGGCCAUUAUUUUUGUCGCAGAGUCGUACUAUGCCAAGGCGAGACAAGAAAUGGCCAAACUUCCCGCCAAUGAUGUAAACACAACUAUAAGCAAUGGAUAGCACAUCGUUACGUUUUUUUCCGGAAAUUUACUGUGUCAGGAAUUUGGUCCGAUCGAAGCGCCACCGUGCGGCCCGUGUUGUUCGCACUUCUGGUGAACAAACGCAAAACGCGCGGAAUAAACAAGGAAAGUUGAAGAAAACCGUAAAGGCUGUGGUGUCGACGUUUUGGUUAAAGUGAUGUAAGUCGGUUGGUAAAAAGUCCAAGUUUUCUUGGCAGUAAUAGUGGUGCCACCUAUACAUCCUGUUAACUGAAAAUAUACCGUUUCGACCUCUUAAAGGUGUAGGUCGUCCGUUAUCAUUGUAUACUGGUGGCUCAGGAAAAUAGUUUUACCUUGGGGUCGAUUGGCCUAAUGCGGCAUGGGCAAAUGAACGUGUCCAGCGUUCUCUCACAAAAAAAACCCUAUUUUUUUUGUUAUUGAAAAGCCCUAGCAUUUAUCGAACUGCGGCUCCAUCUGAAUUGUCACGCGCGACGAAGUAUGUUUUCAAUCAUCACUCGUGAGUACUUUACUCCGUCAAUACAUUGUGCCAACAAAAGGGGGCGAUCGUGCCGGAGCAAGUUCGAUUCCAGCUCAUAUCGAUAUCAACACCUAUACAUUACUUCGUACGAUAUCUCACAAACCCGUGCACCUAGAGCAAUUCAAGGAAUGCGCUUUCAGUAUAUUGUCAGCAAUUUUGUUAUAUACAUGUAUCUCUAUACAAUCACCCUAAUUAAUGGGUUUUUUAAAGCUUGACAGCACGAAAUAACACAAAUUCAGAGGCAGUGCAUGUUCGUAUAUAUACCUCUAUCCAACACACUGCAGCUUAGUGCCAGUAUCGUAAAUGCAGGAACAGGUGUACGAUGCACUGAUGUGCAUUUUCGUCGUCUGGUUUGAGCAUACCCUUUUUUAUCGCGCUGGAAGAUAGCGACAAUAUGGCAUUAAACUCAUCUUAAGCAUUAUAUUCUUGAUAUAACUACAGAAUUACCGACGGCUGUUCAUUCCAUACGUGCAUGCUUCAUGUUGUACUUGGACUAUUGACACUUUUUAACAAAAUAAAAUGAAAA